AUAAAAUUUAACUAGUGACAGUGGUGACAGCCAGCAGUAAGGAUUUUUUAUUGUGUUGUGUGGGAUUUUCUGGUGAGGUGAAAGUUUUGUUUGCGCGUGAAUCCAAUAAUCCAACCUCUCAAUCAAAUUAAUUUGGGAUACAUUCUGAAAUACCUGUCAUAAAAUUAGUUGCUCACAGAAUUACAUUUCAAGAUGACUGCAUCAGAGGUUUCUAUCAAUCGCAAGAUAAUAUCUGAGGAUUUAUCAAAUGUGGAAUUCGACACAAGCGAAGAUGUGGAAGUCAUUCCAACAUUUGAUUCCAUGGGCUUACGAGAUGAACUAUUACGAGGAAUAUAUACAUAUGGAUUUGAGAAACCCUCUGCUAUUCAACAAAGAAGUAUUCUGCCUAUUGUCAAAGGUAGAGAUGUAAUAGCUCAAGCUCAAUCUGGUACUGGUAAAACAGCGACAUUUUCGAUUUCCAUACUUCAAUCUUUGGACACAACUUUGCGUGAAACCCAAGUUUUAAUACUGUCUCCUACUCGCGAGUUGGCAACGCAAAUUCAGAAAGUUAUUCUAGCUCUAGGUGACUUCAUGAAUGUUCAGUGUCAUGCAUGUAUUGGAGGGACAAAUCUUGGCGAAGAUAUUCGUAAACUAGAUUAUGGACAGCAUGUAGUUUCUGGUACUCCUGGAAGAGUUUUUGACAUGAUCAAGAGACGUGUUUUGAGAACAAGGUCAAUUAAAAUGCUAGUGCUUGAUGAAGCAGAUGAAAUGUUAAACAAGGGUUUUAAGGAGCAAAUUUAUGAUGUAUAUCGCUAUUUACCUCCAGCAACACAAGUUGUUCUUAUUUCAGCAACAUUGCCCCAUGAAAUACUUGAAAUGACAUCUAAAUUUAUGACUGAUCCAAUUAGAAUUUUGGUUAAACGUGAUGAGUUGACAUUGGAAGGAAUCAAACAAUUCUUCGUAGCUGUGGAGAGGGAGGAAUGGAAGUUUGAUACAUUGUGUGAUUUGUAUGAUACUCUUACUAUUACACAAGCAGUUAUAUUUUGUAACACAAAGAGGAAAGUUGAUUGGCUCACACAGAAGAUGCAAGAAGCCAAUUUCACAGUUAGCUCUAUGCAUGGUGAUAUGCCUCAGAAGGAAAGAGACAAUAUCAUGAAAGAGUUCCGUUCGGGACAAAGCCGUGUUCUCAUAACAACUGAUGUUUGGGCCCGAGGAAUUGAUGUGCAGCAAGUGUCUCUUGUCAUAAACUAUGAUCUGCCCAACAACCGCGAGUUGUACAUACAUAGAAUUGGUCGAUCUGGCCGAUUUGGUCGCAAGGGUGUGGCAAUCAACUUUGUGAAGUCAGAUGACAUUAGGAUUUUGAGAGACAUUGAACAGUACUACUCAACCCAAAUAGAUGAAAUGCCAAUGAAUGUGGCAGAUUUAAUAUAAGUUUUAUUUUACUUCCUAUGAAAACUAAAUGAUCAAGAGACGUGUUUUGAUACCCAGGAAUUAUAAAGUACCCAGUAAGUAAUACUGGUGAAACUUUGGUGAAUGGACUAAUAUCCUCAUUCUGCUUUAUGUAAACUUAUCUUGUAAGCAGAAUUUCUGCUGUAAUCUAUCCUAAAUUUAUUAAAUACAAAUUAAGCCAAA